ACAAAGGUCCCUUCUCUGCGACCAGUCGGCUGUACAUGGAGACCCCCAGCUGGGCAGAAACCAAGCCAGGAAGUGGUCUGUGCAAACCAGGAACCAUUGCUCUGUUUGGUAACGUGGUGUACAGCGGGCUGCUUAACGAGCACUUCUGGCACUUCGGGGUUCCCCUCGUCACCAGACUGGGCAACCAAGAGGCCCCAGCUCCCCCUGAAGCCAUGGCCCAACCUUUCCCACCGGCCCAGUACCCUCCUCCCCCACAGAACGGGAUCCCAGCCGAGUACGCCACGCCCCACGCCCACCCGCCGGCCGACUACACGGGACCAAGCACGGUGGCCGAGCACGCCCUGACGCUGUACACGCCGACACACACGCAGAGCGAACAGCCGGGAAACGACAGCAACACCAACGCCCUCACAGCCAACACAGUAACGUAUGAAUGCCGCUACCUUCAGCACUUCUCUCUCAUUGAUCGGCAGGCAGAGGAGGUUGCACAGACGGAGGGCUCCCAGCAGCUCCACCUGCAGCCCAGUGAUUCGUCGGAGAAGCAGCAGCCCAAGAGGUUACACGUCUCCAACAUCCCCUUCCGCUUCCGAGACCCUGACCUCCGGCAAAUGUUCGGGCAAUUUGGCAAGAUUUUAGACGUGGAGAUUAUUUUUAACGAGCGAGGCUCCAAGGGUUUUGGGUUUGUAACAUUUGAAACGAGUGCAGAUGCUGACCGUGCACGGGAGAAACUAAAUGGUACAAUCGUAGAGGGACGCAAAAUAGAGGUCAACAAUGCCACAGCCAGAGUAAUGACCAACAAAAAGGUGGCAAACCCUUACACAAACGGCUGGAAGCUGAAUCCAGUGGUUGGAGCCGUAUACGGUCCUGAAUUUUAUGCAGUGACUGGGUUUCCAUACCCCAGCACAGGAGCAGCUGUGGCCUACAGAGGGGCCCAUUUGAGAGGGAGGGGUCGCGCCGUCUACAACACGUUCCGUGCCGCACCUCCUCCUCCACCUAUCCCUGCCUACGGAGCUGUGGUCUACCAGGAUGGCUUCUAUGGAGCAGAAAUAUACGGAGGAUAUGCAGCUUACAGAUAUGCCCAGCCAGCUGGUACCACCGCAGCUGCGUACAGUGACAGGAACGCUGCUCUGCUCCCUGUGCAGCUGUCCUCGGGCCUCUGGGAGUCUGCAGUUUGCCACCGAGUCCUUCAAGUCGAAAGUGAUAUUUAUGGCAGAGUCUAUGCAACAGCAGACCCAUAUCACCAUACGAUUGGUCCUGCAGCCACAUACAGCGUGGGCACUAUGGCUAGCCUUUACAGAGGAGGGUGCAGUCGCUUCACUCCCUACUAG